AUGGCUGUCGUGGUGCUCUUGUUGCACUGGAUCAGCAUUUCCAUGUCAUAUGCCGUCCUCCACUUUGCGCCUGCCCAUUCCAUGAGCGUCAAAAGUCGAAUACCGUCCAACUCUCGAAUUGGGAGGCCUGGAGUUGCUGCAGCUGGUAACAGUUGCCCUUCAUUUCUUGCUCGGGGGGUCUGUACCAACUCCUGCGGAGCCUGCAUAGGCUGCUGGGUUCCAAAUUUUUGUUUAAAUGCUCCGCUUCCCACCACUCAGAGAGGUUUUGUCGGCAGAACCCAUAUAUUUGCAUGUAGACCUCGACCUAAGAAGGAAAAGGCGCGAAGAAACUACCAAAUUGCGAAGCAGCAAAAGCAAGUAAGGCAGGAGCGUUUAAUCCAACGCCGACAGCAGCUGGAGCUUUUUAGAGCGCAACAGCGACUGCUUUCGCUUUCGGAAACGAACACGGAAUCAAAGGAUCUCGACGAAACUCAAGUACAAACUAGUGAAACUGGAGGCUCGUUUAGUUCAGAUGGGUUCGUAGCCACAGCAGGGCCAGCAAAGCGUGAAGUUCCUGGCGGAAUCAACUCCCCUCUCCCUGCCCGCAUCAACUACCGUCUUGUUGGUGGGACCUGGAGAAGAGCACGCGGGCAAAGUAAGUUUGUGAGGCUCUCGGGGGCACAAAUGGCAGCAGCUAUUUUUCAGGGUCUCCCUGAAGACGAAGUUGCAGCUGCAGUGGCGAAGGCGAAACGCCAAGAUGAGGGUUUUAUGGACUUAGAGGCUUAUGAUGACUCGGACUCGCAGUAUGCAACUCUGGAGGGGAUGAACUAA